GAUGUUGCGUGACGUCACCUUCAGGAGAGCAAACAUGGCGACUGCCAUGGAGCUACGGUGCUGGGGUGGUGACUGGGGUCUGCCGUCUGUCCACAACGAGUCCCUCGUAGUCCUGGCAUAUGCCAAGUUUUCUGGGGCCAAAGUGAACGUUUCUCCUAUAGACUGGACAUGGAAAACCUUGACAGCAACAGUCCCCGAGCUGAUUUGUGGUGAUACUUCAGUGACAGAACCCUCUCAGAUUCUUAACUUCCUGAGAAAGCAGAGGUUUAAUGCAGACUAUGAGCUGAGUGCCCGACAAGGAGCUGACACCAUGGCGUACAUCGCUCUCCUCCAAGAGAAACUACAACCUGCAUUGUUGCACACUUUCUGGUUGGAUGCCGACAAUUAUGCCAAUUUGACACGGCCAUGGUUUGCCUCCCGUUCGCCAUUCCCUCUAAAUUUUUUCGUUCCCAGUCGUCAUGCCAGCAACGCUCUCUCUCGCAUUUUGCUCACCAAAGGAGAGUCACCGCAACGCAGAAUCAGUGAGGUGGAAGGAAAGCUCUACAGUGAUGCCAAGGAAUGCCUGAAUCUCCUUUCUUACAGACUGGGUUCAGCAAACUACUUCUUUGGCAACCUGCCCACCAGCCUGGAUGCCUUUGUCUUUGGGUUUGUGGCUCCCCUCCACAAGGCCCACCUCCCCAACAGCCCCCUGCAGAGCCACAUCAGGCAAUUGGAGAACCUCACACACUUCUGCGACAACAUCCUGGCGGUCUAUUUCAACUCGGCCCACCCUUGUCUUCCCCCAUCUGUUCAGGAAACAAUGGAUGCCAACCUCCAGAAACUAACUCAGCUUGUAAACAAAGAAUCCAACUUGAUAGAAAAGAUGGAUGACAACCUACGCAGCAGCCCUCAGCACAAACCUCACCGACCAGAGACCAAACCCAGUCUGAUCAUGGAAAAAAGCUCUACACCUGCAUAACCGCUGACCUCUGACCCCCCUUCAACCCCAAUAAUUUUGCCUUAUGAUCGAACAAGCGGAGACCACCUUGUAGAUGAAAGGUAAAACUCAUGAGGCUUAAUAACAGUCAUCAACAUCAACCACAUCUUAGCAGUUGAAGCCUAUUUCAAGGUAAUGAUGAUGGCUUUGGAAGAUGUCAUUCGGAAAGAGAAGAAAGCGCAGUGUAAGGUCUUUUUAAAUGGAUGCACGCACAGUGGCGGUUCAUGAUGGAAUGGAAUUAUGAACUAAUGCUCAAUGAGAAAGACACAGAAUGUCCAAAAAGGAAAUGAAAAGUUCUGCAGGGAAAGUAAGUGGUGCUACUUGACCAUUAGAGAUUUUAUUUGAACCCUUUUAACUCCUCCUUUUUUCACUAAGGGAAUAUGAAGCCUUUUCUUUUUUUGUUUGACCUUGCAGAUGAAGCUCAUCUGUCAUUGCAUCAAGGCUUCACAUUCAUUCAUUUCAAAAUAUAUUACAAAAUGACUUGUAACUUACUUUAUGCAGGUUACCUCCCCAUGGUUGUAAAGCUUGUACAAUUGUAAAUAGAAUCAUGAGUAUUUAUAGUAUAUGAAUAAUGCUAUGUGCUAUGAAAGGGCUCAGCAGCUUGUUUGCUUGGUACACUGGAGGGAUGAAAGGGCCUCAUUCGCUGUAUAAACCUAUCACUGUGUCCCUUUGCAUCUGAGAUGAGGUGUGUGUGUGUGUGUGUGUUUUUCAUUAACAAUAAUAUACAUUGCCUCUUCAUGACCUACAGCUUGUGUCUUUAUAAACGUGCUUAAUUAUGUCAUUACGGUUAUUCCCGUGCCUAUCUUAGUCACUUUAUUUUAAACUCAAGUCCAAUGGGUCGUUGCCUGUUCAUUUAACUUUCCAUAUUUAAAAUUUUAUUAUAUUUUUGUAAAUAAUUGUUAACAUGGGUGUUGAAAUGUGCAUUCUAUCUCUGUGUCACUGUGUGUAGUGAUAAUAUUUAAUGCGCCAGAAUUUUCACCAGAGAUGCUUUCCCUUCAAAAGCAACAUAUUCUGACAAAAUAUAUAAAUCCCAUAUUGAACCGAAUAUAAGACAACCCCUCUUUUUCAGCAAAUAUUUUUAAAAACUUUUUUAAAUUCAUGCUUUUAUUAUCAGUGUUGUUUUGCUCACCUUCUUUUUUUCUCAGCGAGUCUGUCAUGGCAGCAUCUCACUGGUGUGUGAGUGACAGGGAGAAAAGCACUGAUUUCCACCUUCUGAUUUACAUGAAUUAACAUCUAGAACAUAAGACAACCUGACUUUUUAUAUCGGGGGAAAAAUCCUGUCUUGCAUUGGGGUCAAUAUGGAAUAUAUAUUUGUUGGUGUGCGGACCAUGUGCUUGCCUGUGUGCCUUCAUCACAUCUAUCAUUUUUAUUUAUGGCCUCACAAAACUUGUGGCAUCUGUGGCUGUUUGUAUUGUACUUUGAAUGAAAGGGAACAACUUAAACUGAGAGAUUAAUAAAUAUAUAAUAUAACCA